ACAUUUAGAUAUCUAAAUAAUCUGAUUUUCGCCAGAUGAGUCCAAGGUUAACUUCACCGAUUUACGAUAAUAGCCUGCCUGCCCUACAGUAGGCCAUUCAGACUCAUUUAUGAAACUGAUCGAUAUUGAUUGCAUGGAUAUUUGUGUUAUAAAAUGUCACGUCAAUUUGAAGGAGUUUGCGGAAUUAAAUGAUGAUUCCGAAUGAGAUGUCAUCUGUCAUGGACUGAGCGCGGGUGCAGCUGGCUGCAUGGGCAGAGGAUCCCUGUUGCUAUGGAGACCUAGGGUAAACUACAGAGACAGGAGAGAGAAGAAGAGGAGGAGAGAGGUCCAAAGAGGAAGAAAGGACUGAGGGAAGAGAAGGAGAGUCAUAGAGAGUCUCAGGAUGGGUUAUGACCUGGAGAGGUUUGUGGGGUACGUGAACGAGGGGCUUCUGUGCUGUGUGUGUCGGGAUGUGUUGGAGCGCCCCCUCCAGGCCCCUUGUGAACAUGCCUACUGCGACGCCUGCAUCAGCUCCUGGCUCAUACACCACCACUCCUGCCCUGAGGACAGACUUCCACUGGACAUCAGCACUCUGAGACCACUGCACAGGUACAUGCGUAAUGACCUGUCUAGGCUCCAGAUCCGUUGUGUUAACUCUGGCCAGGGCUGUGAUGCCGUCUGCUGCCUGGAGACACUUCACACACACGAGGACCAGUGUCCAUUCACCUUCAUAUCCUGCUCCUCCACAGGUUGUCCGGUGCAGGUGGAGAGGAGGGGUCUAGAGUCUCACCUGUUAGAGUGUGAGUUCCGCAGCAGGGCGUGUCCUAGCUGCUGUGGCCACACCCUCCUCUCUGUAGACCAAUCACAGCACAACUGUGUUGCGGAGCUACGAACAGAAUUGGAGCUGCUCAGGGCAGAGAUGUUGGAUAAGGUGGAGGAGGUGAGGCGUGAGAUGGAGUCGAGGCUGGACUCUCAGAGGAGACACAUGGUGCAGAAAGAGUCUCUGCUGAAGAGCGAGGUGGAGGACCUCAAGAGCGCCUGCGGAGACAGGAGCUGGCAGAAGCGGAUCUAGAGAAGAGGGAGCUACUGGAGAUGCUCCGGAGCCUGCAGCCAUGCAGGGGCCAGCGGAACAGAGACGAGCCAAUCAGAGGACUGCAUCAAGAAGAUGGGACAAUUAGGAGCCAGCUUCAAGUAGAACACCCAACCAGGGGCUUGCUGAGGGCAGGGCCAACACAGGCUUCUACCCAAUCACUACCCUCGGCUUUGCCUAUUCCAGCCUUAUACCCGCCUACCUCCCCACAGCCAGGGGAGGGGUCACGCAUGGCCCGCCCCCGCAGCCUUACCCUCGACUGCAUCAAGAGCAGAGAGGUCACCGUCAUCUGAGGGGCCAUUCCUAAUGUUACUGGGUUAUGUUCAGUAGGCACAAAUGAGAGAAAAUGCUUUAACUUCCUCAAUUCCUUCUUCAUUUAACAGUCUCAAAACAUUUUUAUCUGGUGUG